ACUAUAAAUGAAACGAGGGAGGAAGAACAAACACGAGAUACUAAACGAAACGAAAAUGGGCAAAGACAGGAAAAUCGGGGUUGCGAUGGACUUCUCAAAGAGCAGCAAAAUGGCAUUGCAAUGGGCUAUUGACAAUCUGGCGGAUAAAGGCGACACCUUUUACAUCAUUCACAUCAAAUCCCAUGAAUCCACCAAUAAAUUAUGUUCCAAAUCUGGUUCACCUCUUAUUCCCUUGGCGGAGUUUCGUGUGCCUGAAAUGAUGAAGAAGUAUGAUAUCCAGACUGAUAUUGAAGUUCUGGAUAUGCUCGACACUGCUGCUAGACAAAAGGAGAUAAGCAUUGUGACCAAGCUUUACUGGGGAGACGCCAGAGAGCAGCUCUGUGACGCCAUUGAAGAUUUGAAGUUGGAUUCUUUGGUGAUGGGCAGCAGAGGCCUUGGCACCCUCCAAAGGAUAAUCCUGGGGAGUGUUACCAACUAUAUCAUCUCAAAUGCAGCUUGCCCUGUUACCAUAGUCAAGGAUCCAGAUUUUCACAAGCACUGAAUAAUAUAUUAUUUCAAAAAGCCAGUCUCUUUAAUAAGUAAAUAUAGAUUUCUGUGUGUUAGGAAAUCAGAUGAGAAAUAAAUUGGAGGCUGUGACUUAUGGAUGAGAUAUUUAUUAGAUGAAUUGUUUCUGGUUACGGUGUUGUAGUUAUUUAUUCAGAAAUUUGUUUGUGAAUAUAUUGUUUUUGGGUGAUUUA